CUACCCACCACGCUGCAACCAACUCCGCGGUUCUGGAAGCUCUUCGCUUUUCUGCAAUCGCCUGGUGGUUGACGCACGAGACGCCGUUUCCAUGGACAAGCGUAAAAACCGGAAAAAGGAGGAUGAGGGCGGCUCGUUCUCUCCGCCAAGAGAGCAGUGCUGCGCAGAUCGAAAUUAUUGCCGAGCUUACCGGUUUAACACAAUUUCUCAACCUAACGAGGUAGUACUCACUAAAAGCGUCCUCGAUAGUACGGAAGGGCAGGUCGGCACGUGCAGGAACGAAUCCCCGUAUGCGACCGCUAGCAGUAGUCUUGGGAGUUGCAGAGGAAGCUUUUUGGCGGGAUUGCUGCCCGAGGAGUUAUGGCACCACGUGUUGCUGCUGCUUCCUCCCGCCGCCAUCCUCUCAUUCGCUGCCACGUGUCAUCACUUUCUCGAAAUUGCGUUUGCAGACACGAUGUGGAAGUCCUUGUGUGAGCGCGAUUGGGGGAAGCAGGUUGCCCGGAUGGCUGCUUCCGCCGUCUUUCCCCUGUCCCAGAUAUCUCCCGCGCCGUAUCCGCGUCCGCCAUCCCCGCCGUCCCCGCCGUCCCCGCCGCCCCAGCAGCUCCUGGCGCAGCAGCAGCAGCAGGAGCAGCAGCAGGAGCAGCAGGCACAGCAGGCAGUGCAAGCGGUGCUGGCCAGCAAAUGGUACCGGCUGUACCGGUCCGUUAGCGCACUGGACGGCGUGACGUGGCACGGCGUGGAAGAGAGGAGCGAGAGACGGCCGGUAGGGAGGGCGUCACACGGCAUGGCGCAGAUGGUAUGGGGGCCGGUAGAAGCAGGGAGGGCGGGAGGUGCAGGGAGGGCGGUGGGUUCCGGCAGCCGCAACGCGGGCAAAGCGAUAGUCGCAGCAGCAGCAACGCGGGCACCACCAACGGCAGAACCACCAGCAGCAGGAGCAGCGCCUGUUGUGAUGUUUGGUGGGGGGUGCAGCGGCGGCCAACACCUCUCCGACACUUGGUUGCUCCAUCCCUUCCUGCAAGCCCCAGUCCUUCUCCGUCCCCCUCAACCUCCCCUUAUUUCCCUUCUCUCCCCCUCCUUUUCACCUCCACCCGCCUCUCUCCCUUCCCACGUCCCCCCUCUCAACCCCUGGGUGACGUGGCAGCCGCUGAGUAGCCCCGCGGGCCAGGCUUUCCAAGCUUGCCAGGCGGGCAAUAUCGAGGCAACUCCCGCAAGGCGUUCGCAGGGGGGCGUGGAGCGCACGCAAGGGGCACGCCAGGGAUCGUUCCAGCAGCAGCAGCAGCAGCAGCCGCAGCAGCCGCAGCAGCCGCAGCCGCAGGCAUCUGCAAGGUGUGUAGAGAAGCGUGAAGGGGGGAUGAGUCCAGGGGGGCGGUUUCAGCCCAGUCUGACAGGGGUGGAGGGAGGGGCCGUGGUGAUGUUUGGUGGGAUCAACGACCUCGGCCAACGGCUCGAUGACACGUGGAUCUUUGGCCCAAAGCAAGAACGGGAGGUAACACCGGCUGUCUACCCUGGCUUUCCUGCUGCAGGUGGUAGUGUUGGCGAUGCUAGUGAUGCUCGUGAUGCUGCUGGUGCGGCUGCUGGUGCGGCUGCUGAGCCUGCUGCUGCUAGUCGGGGAGUUGUUGCUUGCUCUGCGUCUGCUGAUCCGGCGCGCAGCGAGUUGUGGCAGUGGCAGCAGCUGCACCCGGCGUGCUCGCCCCCCCCCAGGGGAGCGCAUGCGGGCACGCAUGUAGGAGGGAAGCAAGUGGUGUUGUUCGGUGGUAUCGACACGGCCGGCCAUAGGCUCUCGGAUGCCUGGCUUCUGGAUUUGGCAGAAGAGCCAAUCACGUGGCGACAGCUGGAGAUGGUACUGGGGGAGGAGCGAGGAGGAGGUGGAGGGGGGAGAGGGGGAGAUGGAGGGAGAGGAGAGGUGGAUGGUUUGGGCGCUGCUGCAACGGAUGCAGAAACAAGUGGAGCAGCAGAGGUGGAUGAUGGUGGUACUGGCAGCAGAAGCGCUGCUGGUGGUGCGCCUGCUGCUGCUGCUGCUGCUGCUGCUGCUGCUGACAGCAGCAACGACAUGAGCCGCAGCAGCAGCAGCAGCAGGAGCAGCAGCAGGAGCAGCGGACACGCGUUACCGUGCGCACGAUCAGGCCACUCGCUGACAGGCAUUUGCCAUGGGACGGCUGUGCUCAUAGGCGGCAGAGCAGCAGGCAUGGAGGUGCUCAGUGACGUGUGGGUCAUGCAGCUCCAAGGGGGAACCGUUGCCAGGUGGACCAAACUGGACUGCUGGGAAGACUAUAAAGGGUAUGGAGGUGGGAGUGGGGUUGGGAGUGGGAGUGGGAGUGGGGGUGAGGUUGGGGCUGAAGGGAGGGGUUUGGCAGGGCCGGGGCCGAGGGCUGGGCAUUCUGCAACGCGAUUGGUGGAUGGGCGGGUGCUGCUGUUUGGAGGUGAGGGGGAGCAGAGAGAGCGGAGGAAUGACUUGUGGGUUCUGGAUGUGAGGGGUUGGGCUUUGGAGAGAGUACGGCGUCCGGGAUGGUGCGAGGGGAGGAGCGGUGGACGGCUGUGUGGGGGUAUGUGUGGCGGGCGGAGAGAGAGGCAAGCAGUGGGGCUACUGGGGGGGAAGGGGAGCAGGGUGAAGGGAGCGUGGGUGGGUGUGGAAGCGAGGGAGGCUGAAGCGUCGCGGGGGCAAGGGUUGGGGGUUCAAAGGUUCGAGGGCCAAGGGUUGGGGGUUCAAAGGUUCGAGGGCCAAGGGUUGGGGGUUCAAAGGGUGGGCAUGUGUACACGCGACCAAGGCGAGGGUAGUGAGGGUGGUGAGAGUUUUCGCGGACGGGCAAGAGAGGGGCGACCAGCAGGAGUGUCAGGGGUAGGGGGAGGACGCAGAGGAGGAGGAAGAGGAGGAGGAGGUAGGGAGAUUCAAGUUGUUCCAGCAAGUGUACUGGGAUUUGGUGGGGCGAGCUUCACAGCAGUACCCAUGGCGGCAGAGGGAGCAGCCAGAGCAACAGAGGCAGCACAAGAUGCAAGGGUGGUGCAGCGGUCCCAGCAGCGCAGUACUCCCUCUGCAGUCCCGAGUCUCCGCACACCAACGCAUGUCCUACCACCCGUAGCACCACCGUCACACCCACCAGCAGCACGAGCAGCACCAGCAGCACCAGCAGCACCAGCGGCAGCAGCAGCACAGACUGUGAGCGACACACCUGUACCCGCACUCCCCCUGCCAUCCACCCAGCAAGCCGUUGCCAUUGGCGAAGCCGCGCUUUCUCAGCCCCAACACCGACAGGCCCAGCAGCCCCAAAAUCCCCUCCAGCCCCUGCAGCGCCAACUGCCCCAGCAGCCCCAAAUCCCCCAACGCUGCCAGCAGCCCCAGCGGCAGCAUCGACCGUGCUGGCGGCUGGUAAAGCCGCUGGGUGAGGCCCCAGCCCCCCGUGCAUACCACGGCGCGUGUGCCAUGGGUGGUGGCACGGCUGUGCUUGUGUACGGUGGCAUGGUGGAUCGAACAUCCCCCUCUGCCACGCCACAGGUUUGCGCAGGCUUUGGUGCUUCAGCCGCAGCAGCAGCAGCGGCAGCAGCAGCAGCAGCAGCAGCAGCGGCAGCAGUAACCAGGCACAGUAGCGCCAGGCAGCCUGCUUCCGCUGAGGGUUCUGCUCCUCCUCCUCCUGCUUCUGCUGCUGUUCCUGCUGCUGCCCCUGCUCCUGCUCCUGCUACUGCUCCUGCCUCUGCGCCUGCACCUGCUCCUAGGGGCGGUGGUGUGCAGUUUGAUGACUCGUUGCAUGUCUUAUACAUUGUGUCUCCUGACUUGCUACCAACGCUGGGUUGAAGUAGGUUGGUGUGUGUGUGUGUGUGCGCGCGCGCGCACGCGCGUGUGUGUGUGUGUGCGCACACGGACUCGUGUGUGUGCGUGCGUGCGUGUGAGUGUGCAUGCAUGUGUGUGAGUGCGUGCAUGUGUGAGUGUGCGUGCGUGGAUGUGGGUGGGUCGGUGGGUGUGUGCGUGCGUGCGUGGGCGUUUUUGGGUGUGUGUGCAUGCGUGUGUGUUCAUGCAUGCGUGAGUGUGAGUGUGAGUGUAUGCGUGCGCGCGCGCGCGUGUGUGUGUGUGUGUGUGUAUGUGGCGUGUGCAUGUGACUGUGUGUGUGGGCGUGCGAAGGAUUGAUGUGCGUUCUUGGAAGGGGGGGGGGGGAGAGUGCGUGAGAGAUGGGGGGGAUGUUCACAUGCCAGGAUGGCUCUCAGGUUGUCACUCUGCAGUAAUCAAUCAAGCCUUGGUUGGUUCAGGGUGAUUUUUAUGCCCUACAUAAAGGCAACUCAUGAGAAAGCUUUCUUAGGGCACUCUUUGUACUACCGGUAAUGUGCUGUGCCGUGCCUCUUUUCCUGGUCAUGGCAUGGCAUGGCACUCAUCAUAUCAGGCCGCUUCCAAAUUGAUAACGU